GGGCGCGUCGCCGGCGAAAGCAGGAGCGCAGCUGGAGCGAUGUGACACGCUCAGGAGCAUCACCCGUCCGCCCACGCCGUUUUAGCCCUGGCUUGUGGACAUAUCUGGAAGUAAGUCAGCCAUUCAGCCUAUCUUCGGAUGCGCCGUACGCUUUUUGUUUAGAACGAGUGCCGAGGAGAGGUUCUGGGUGCCUUUGCAGAUGAUGUCUCAAAAUGAACACAGAGUAUCUGAAGUCACCACAUUCUUCAAAGCCAAGAAUUUUAAAUCAUUUGACUAUUAGGUUGCCUUCUACCCUGAUGUCCAGACCUUGCAUUGUCCCUCAGGGUGCCAGACCUCCUAUCGCACCCAAGCCUUCCCUGCUGCACAAUUCAGCGCAGCCAGAGAAGGAGGAGGGCUGCCCGCAUGCUAAUGGACACCUGGACUCAGAAGAGGACCACGAGCUGAAUGCCUGCCAGGAAACAAGAGUACAACUUGGGAGGCAUGUUGUGGAAUCCUGUGAUGAAGAGGAACAGUUGACAGAGACACUCUAUGGGAAUGAGGUCAAAGAGGAGAAGGUAGAGGAGGAGAGCGAGUUGAAGGCACAGGGUCUGAACUUGAUAAACUCCGUAGAAAUGGAGGGCAGUGAUUUUGCUGACAUGGUUGAGGUUUGUGAUGCGGAAUCCAUGCCUGAGUCACUGGACAGUGCUGAAAUCAGUGAUCUCGAAGACAUGGAGAGCUUAGAACCCUGGAGCAACAAUGCUGAAGAAGAGGUUCCACAGGCUGAUGAACUCCCAAACCAUAGCAUGGCAUUUGAUAAACAUGAAUCAGCCAGUGAAUCAUCUCAUGAGCAUGAAAUAGGACACUUGCAGGGAAAUGAGAGCCCAUUUAAAGAUGGUGACAAGAUCCAGAAUGAUCCAGAAGAGACAACAGAUGAACUGUGCAGUGAGGGUGAGUCAGAUCUACAAAGUGCACCUUCUCAAGAGGACUGCAGCGAAGGAUGUCUACCUUGUCACAGGUUUACUGUAGGUGGGGAACUCUCUGUGGUGUUAGAUUUCUGCAGAGUUCCUUUAUCAUUGGAUGAAUGCACUUACGAUGUGAUUGGUCCCCCAUGUGACACAGAUUCAGCUCAACCGGAGACCCUCACAGAUAACACUGAUAAGUCCCAGGUGUUUCAGGAUACUUGGGAGGGCUUUCAGCCUUACUCGGUCAUUGAGUCAGUCCCUGGGGAAGAUGUACUUAAUACAACAGACAUUAACAGGAACAUCAGCAGCACAUCAGAAGGUCUAGACCCAGCUUGCAACAGUAACUUGGAGCCUUACUAUGUUUCAGCAAAUGAAGUGAAUGAUGUGGAUGAAAGUCAAGCUAACCCCAAUCAGUGUGUCAGUCCUGAAUCAGGACACCCAGGUGUUGCAAAUGUAAAUUCUAAUGAAGAAUCAGGUCAGGCGAAGGAAGAUGACUAUGCAGAUAUUGAUGAAGCUGGGAAUUUAGAUCAACUUGAAUGCCCAUCCUCAGAAGACUAUGUUGAAAUCGGUGAUGAUGAAGAGAGAGUGGAAACAGAACAAAAGAAAUCAUCAAAAGAAUCUAAAGAGACAGGAAGGCCUUGUCUCCCACUUCUGAAUCCGAGAAACUGCCAGCCACGAUUCAGACUGUGCGCUAUCACCGUGCCAGCAGAUAUGGACCUCAGUGGAACGGAGCACACUAAUCGACUGGUGCUCGCCGAUACCUCGGAUGCCCUUGAGGAUGACACUGAUGAAGAAGGCCACAUUGUACCUUAUUUUGAGGAUUUGGAUACACAGAGGGACAACAUCAGUGAUGAACAUGUCUAUGAGGAAGCCGGACUGGACUCAGAGGGGGAAAACUUCCUGUCCCUGGAAAGAAAGAGCAUUGUAACACGGUCAUGCUCCCUUUCUGGAAAAGUGCCUGGCUACGUUCCUGAGACUGUUCCUGAGGAGCCCGGGACUGAAUAUCUGACCCAUGACUACUACACAGUGUCUGUAGAUGAGAGCCACAGUAUUCUGAGAAUUAGUGAGGAUGUGGACUUCAACCAUGUUGUUCCUUCGUCCAAACAUAGGGGCUUUAAUAUCUACCCCCGGUCGUUUUCCAUGGAGGGACGGGAUAUGCCGAUGAAUGCGUACAGGGAGCAUGAAUGUUCUCCAGGGGAAAAAGGAAGGAUGAAGAGGAUAGAUGACAAUCUCUCUCUGCCCUGUGUCAUCACUUCAUCUGGAAGCUUUUCUCAGAAAAGUCACCAGGCCUCUAGUGGGAUGUCCACACCAACUUCCGUGGUUGACAUCCCACCUCCUUUCGAGUUAGCCUACAUCACCAAGAAGCCCAUCACCAAAAGUUCCCCUUCUCUAUUGAUUGAGAAUGACUCCCCAGAAAAACAAAACAAGAAGAAGACCUCCUUUAAGCGCUUUCUGGCCCUCAAGUUUAAAAGAAAGACAGAGAGUAAAGACACAAAUUUCCCUUCCUCUCGGUCAUCCUCAGAGUCUAGCCAUCAUGGGCCAUUCCGAUUCCGGGCCAUGGAGAAAAAGAGUGCAGGUAGCUCCCCACAACUUCUUUGCAAGUCAGGGAAACUUCAACGCUCCUCCGACUCCCUGACUACCUUCCUAUUUUACAACGAUGGGCCAUGCAGGAAAAAUACAAACAAAACCAACAACCGGCGUGUGUCUCGUGUGGAGUCAUUUGAGGAUCGCUCUGGGCCACCAUUCAUGCCUCUUCCUUUGACCAAGCUGAGGUCCAUCUCCUUCCCUAGUGCAGAUACUUCUGACUAUGAGAACAUACCUGCCAUGAAUUCCGACUAUGAGAAUGUCCCAGUCCCACCUAGGAGACCUGUCCGAGUGGGGACCUUCACAGAGUUCUUUGAUGACCCCAAUCGGGGACACUCCACAUCCAAUGAGAAUGACGGAUAUGUGGACAUGAGUAGCUUUGCCGGAUUUGACAGUAAACCUCAAACACCAGAGCAAGACUCUGAAAGUGCAUACACAGAACCUUACAGGGUGUGCCCCCUGUCGGGUAGGACGGUGCGAGAAACAAUGGUUGAGGAAGAUCAGGGCCGGACAUCGGAGGACGACGAUGGCUGUGCAGAUCACAGCUACGACAGACACACUGAUGGCCGAUCUAGAGCUUUCUACAUUGCCAAAGAUCUGGUGGAAUCUGAGAAAAUACAUGUAAAGGGACUCAGACUGCUACAUGAGGAUUUCAGGGCAGCAGUUGGGGGUGCAGCAGGAGAGGACGGGCAGCCGAUUCUAGAAGAGGAGAAGCUGACAGAGAUCCUGAACCUGCUGCCAGAGGUGUACCUGUUACACUGCCGUCUACUGGAUGAGCUGGAGAACUGCAUGUUACAGUGGGAGAAGAGCCCGCGGAUGGCUGACGUCUUCCUUACGCGGCAGGCGGAGUUCUCAGUCUUCACGCCCUACGUGGCGCAGUAUGACCGCAACAUGGCCCUGUUGGACGACAGCCGCCAUAGGUCACCUGCUUUCUCCUCCAUCGCCCGCCAGUUUGAGCACCAGAGUCCUCUAGGUGGGAACGUCCCCCUGAAAUAUCAGCUGCUGCAGGUCGUCAUUCGCAUCCUGCAGUAUCGCAUGCUGCUGACAGAUUAUUUGAACAACCUUUCUCCAGACUCAAAAGAAUAUGAGGACACACAAGCCGCUUUGGUAAUCGUGUCGGAUGUGGCGGACCAGGCUAACGACAGCCUCAGGCAGGGGGAGAACCUGCUGCGCCUCGUCAAUAUUGAGUACAGCAUCAGAGGUCAGAGGGACCUGCUCCGGCCUGGAAGGGUGUUUGUGAAGGAGGGCACACUGAUGAAAGUGUCCCGGAAAUGCAGACAGCCACGCCACCUGUUUCUGAUGAAUGACAUCCUGCUGUACACCUACCCACAGCAAGAUGGCAAAUACAGACUAAAGAACACUCUGUCUCUAACUGGCCUGAAGGUUAGCAAACCCACCAUAGACAAUGUGCAGAAUGUGCUGAAGAUUGAGACAGCAGAGGUCUCCAUCACCCUGUCAGCGAGUUCCUGCAGCGAGAGGGAGGACUGGUUUCAUAGUCUAAGCCGUACCAUGGCGGAUCACGCGAGGAGUCUGGGAGUUUUCGGCGGCUCCAGCAGUGAGCCCAGGGAGAAGCUGUGGGCAUCUCUGGGAGAGCAGCCGCCCACUCUGGUGCCUGUGUCCCACGUGAUGAUGUGCAUGUGCUGCUCCUCUGACUUCUCUCUGACACUGCGACGACAUCACUGCCAGGCGUGCGGAAAGAUUGUAUGCAGGAGCUGUGCUAGGAACAAGUACCCCCUGAAAUACCUGAGGGACAGGAUGGGCAAGGUGUGCGAUCACUGCUACGCCGAGCUGCGGAAGCGAGGUGGCGGCAUUCCUGGGACAGUAGUUGGUGCAGGUCCCCAGCCCAGCCGGACCAGCCGUCCCCUUUCUGCGGUAUUUCAGAACAUUUACCCUCCCAGUCUCUGGAGGCCCAGAAGGAGCACCUCUAACCUGAACCAGCAGGUAGCAGCAUUGACCGAAGGUUCUACCAUGAGCGGCACCUUACAGCGACGCAAGAGAAGCAAAAGGAACUGGAAGCGGCUGUGGUUUCUCAUCAAAGACAAGGUGCUCUACACCUUCUCAACACGUGAGGACAGGGAGGCGGCAGAGAGUCUCCCGCUGCGGGGCUUCACUGUGAAGCUUCCCGAGAAACCAGAAGGGGAUGAAGCCUCCAGUGUUUUCCAGCUGUACCACAAGAAGACCCUGUACUGCACCUUCCGAGCAGAGGACACCCACACGGCGCGCAGGUGGGUCAACGCCAUGGAGGAAGCCACUGUAUUGUAACACUUACUCUCCCACCCCUCCCCGGUGCCUCUCGCCCAAUUUCAUACUGAACCCAAGGCCCUGCUCCUCUCUCCCUCAUCACUGCCUCAUCAGAACGUGCUAUAGCAGGAAGGGGGAAGCUGAAGGGCGUCAGGUGUGGCCGGUCUAACUGUUCGUCUUCACGGGGGGAGGCUUUUCCUUGGAUAUGAAGCUUUGCUCCGCUUGGCAGUGACAGCUCGACCAGAAGCUAAAACUGCUGUGGCUUCCCAGCCCAGGAAUUUGUUCUGCUGCCUGCAGGCCUCGUUCUUCCUUGUCUCCUAAACAUCGCUCCUUUUUCAAAAUAUUCUGUGGAUUUUUUGAAGAAAGAGUAGUCACAAAAUGGAAAGCAUGACCACUGUGUCCAUAAUCAUUCCAACACCUAGACUGCACAGCAGGUCCAAUCAGGGCUUUGGGGUGGCUGAGUGACAAUGAGGCACCCAAUCGGAGUGAUGCGGGGGAGGGCCUUGUGGUAGGGCUCUGCCAGGGGUGGGACCCGUUGCAGAGCUUAUUACUUAAAGUGUGAUUUUGACCGUUUUCCAGUGAUGACAUUUACAGAAGUGACAGAAAUUCAUGAAAAAAAAUCACGUUUUUGAGCUACAGAAACUGCCAUGUUUUUGUUUUUGUAAUCUAAUCAGCAUUAUGUACAGAAAUGAUUAAAUAUGAACAGAAAUUCAACAGUGUGCUCUCCAUUCUGUACUCAGAUUUUGUUAGAGAUGGUCAGGAGAACCAUGAUCCAGAAACAUAUGUAAUAAUCUAUAUGGUUUGUUCUGUGUGACCUUGCUCUGCUUACUGUUAUCUGUUGUGAGAUCUCCAUCUUGACAGUCAGGUUAGUCAUGCUAAUGUGGGCCUGACACAUGUAAUGCUUCUAUGUUUGCAGUAACAACAGAUAAGAAACCAUGUUCCAUGUUGAAAUACUUGUUUAAAUGAUAUGCUGGCCUGAUUUGCCCACUGGAACAGUGUUGAGGGCGUUCCUUCCGCACUCUAAAUCAAUUAUCAACAUGCAUUUGAGAUAAAAACACAGCAUUAUUAAAUACCUUAUUGGGGAACUUAAAUGCUUCUUCUGCUUGUUUUGUUUACUGGUUCAUCUGGAUUUUUAGCCUUACUGCUCCAAUGAAAAUCUAAUGAAAACCUACAUGUGAAACUUCUACAAAGCAAAAACAUUUUAUUUUCCUUAUCCACAGGAAUAAAUAAUGCCAAGGAUCCACAAACUAUUACAGGCAAUCAGGUAGCACUGAAUUCUGCCCAGUGUAAAUAUUCCAUCUAUUUCAGCAGUUUGCUUUACUUUGGUAGGUCCAGUGUUGUUAUGUGGGUGGAUUACAGCAGAGAGGAUGUAUGUUUUUAAAGAUCCUUGGGUUUUUUAUUGAUUGGAAACUGAAGAUAAUUCGGAAAGCGUUUUGCCUAAAUUUAUGCUCUUCCACUGUGUCUGUUUAUACUGAGUCAAUAACUUUUGUAAGCUUUUUCAUUUGAGUCUUUAUAAAGCAUCGGUUGAGGGCGGAGGUUUCUUUAUAUAGUUAGUAGUCGUGCUUUGAGCUUUCCUUUGAGGAUUAUUGGGUUGUUGAUCAUCAUCAGGCUGCUUUUUUAAGAUAUAAUAUGCCAAAUGGUUAGGGGUUUAUACACACUCCAGACAGGGAUAGCAGAUAAAUCUUUAUAGAAUAAGACUGUAUUUUGGUCUUCUGUCUGUGGAGUUAUCAUUUAUACAUUUAUUGUACUGUAUUUUAUUUUAGAAACUGCCUUGCAUAUAAUAAAUUGUAAAUAUAUAUAUAUAAAUACAAAUAUACAUUCUUUUGCUUUAUUUGCACUGGAAAACUAAAAAAAGGAAUGUAAGUAUUCUUUGUGAAGGUGUUAACUGUAAAAAAAGUAAUAAUAUCUGUCAGAUGGCUUAAAUUUUUAUUCUCAAAAUGUUAUGUGCUGCAAAAAUGAGAAAAUAAACAAAUGAGAUUGUUUUGACACUAUGCAGGGAAAUAAAGUAAAAGAAAUAGAGAA